ACCCAACAACUCAUUUUCUCAACGACUCAACCAAUAGCAACCUCACGACCUCUCUGACCAUCAUGAAAUUCUUCCUCACGACAAUCAUCUUCACGCUCUGCGCCCUUCUUUCCUUCUCCACCGCUGCGCCAAUCAGCGCCGAGCUGCUCAAACGCGAUGUAUUCGUUCCACCCGUGAUCUCCCCGGGCAAAGGCACCGUCUGGAAAGUCGGUACCGAGCAAACAGUCAAGUGGAACGUUACCAACCCUCCCAAGCAGAUCACCAACAACAAGGGCGAGAUUAUCCUUUCCAACAAUGGUGUCCUUGACUUUGCCAACCCUUUGGCUGAGGGUUUUAACAUCCUGCUUGGUGAAAUAAAGGUGACGGUGCCAAACGUCGCCUCAGGUCACAAAUAUCAGAUCAUUGUUUUCGGUGAUUCCGGAAACAACGGCUCCUACUUUACCAUUACCCAAUGAAUUACGAUGGACACACAAAACAACGACUCUCAUGGACUUGUAUAAAAAGUUGACAUUCACGUUACGGACCCUUGCAUUCUAAUUGCUCUCAUCCCAAUCACCUGCUUCUCUGUGUAUUACGCAUGUAUCACUAGCUAGUAUAUACUCCUCAUAAUCUCGCAUCUGAAUUUG